AAAACAGUUGCACACUUUGCGUCAAACUCCCAUCCAUUGCGUAGCUUCUGACACGACAUCGACUGGGUUCCGCUUUCCGCAUAUGAAAAAAUAAAGAUGCACACUACCGGAUGCGUUGAGUUUGGUUUUAACUCCCGGAAAGAGGCUGCGCUCGUUUCUAUCAUGCGCCAGGACGCACGGCUCGACUCUCUGCGCCGCGCGUUCCUCUCUUUUCGCGGAUAAAUGAGCGCAUGCAUUGCGCGUGUAUCGUGUUCAACAUUUCCCACGCUGGAGAACGAGGGUCUGGGACAUGCCUUACCAAGAUAGACAAAAUCGAACCUGUGGAUUCCUGGAUAUUGAGGAACAUGAGAGCAGUGAUAGGUUUUACCGGCGUUAUUUUAUAUUGGAUACUCAUAAGAAUUUUCUGGUAUGGUACAUGGACAAUCCGCAGAACUUACCUGUCGGAGCAGAAUAUGUUGGAAGUUUGCGUCUCAGUUACAUUUCAAAGGUUAAUGAAGCAUCACUGAAGCAGAAACCGAAGGCAGUGUUCUGCUUUGUUAUAAAUGCGUUGUCCAGACGAUACUUCCUGCAGGCAAAUGAUGCAACGGACUUGAAAGAAUGGGUCAUCGCUCUGAAUAAUGCUACCAAAAUUACAGUUCCAAAAGUACCCUCAGUGACCCAAAGCUCUGAUGUCACACCUGUUUCGAACCCAAGCCAGUCAACGUCUCGACAGGCUUACAAAACAAACAUCAUUGGGGGCGUGGUUGUGCACACACCUGUCCAGCAGAGCGAGAGUGACGAUGUCUUCACGAGUGACCUUGGGUCACAUGUCACUUUAAGGAGAUGCCAGAGCGUCCGGCCCAAUAUCGUGAGGUCUGGUUUCUGUGUCAAGCAAGGCAAUGUGAGGAAAAGCUGGAAAAGAAGAUUUUUCAUUCUAGACGACCAGACUGUGAGCUACUAUAAAUCUGAAAUGGAUAAGGAACCGUUGCGCAGUAUUCGAUUGAAGGAUGUAAUGAAAGUAAACGAGAGCCUUGUAAAAUCAGGGGAUCUGCUGUGCCGUGACAAUCUGUUUGAAAUCAUCACGAGUACCAGAACUUUCUACAUUCAGACAGACACCCCAGAGGACAUGAAGGGCUGGAUCAAUGACAUUGCUUCAAAAAUUCAAGACUUCAGAGGACCAAUAAAGUAUCGUGCCUCCAGCAAGGUUUUUUCUACACAGGGCAAACCUCAGCUUGUCAAGUCAACCUCUGUGGUUGAUUCAUGGCAGCCCUGGAUGCCUGUGCCCACUCAGGAGCAGCGUUUGAAGGAAGAGGGUCCGUACUGCUCCCUUCCAUCACUGUCACAAACAGGACAAGUCAGUCAGUCCCAAACUCGGCAACGGCACCACUCACAGCCUCAGUUUGGUCUCAGCGAAACAGACAUUUCAGAAAACCUUGAUAAACUCCGCACCACUGAUGUUUAACUGCUUUAACAAUGAAUACUGCUGGUCAGCAUAUGGAUAGUAUUAUGAUUUUAGUCUUUUGACCUUUGCUUUUCUUAUAAAAUGGUUCACAUGUGGUCCAAAGUUCUUGUUAAGGAAGCGAGGGUAAUUGCAGAGCUGCACAAAUGGUCUGUGGUUAAUGAAAUGCUGUAGACCCAUUGAGAAUGUGUGUUUUACGUAUGUAGGAAUGUAAAAUAAGGAAGGAUCAGCUUAUAGGAAGACUUUUAUGUGUCAUAUUUCUCUAGUAAGAUGUAUUUUUAUUAAGACAUAGGCUACAGUGGGGUCCUAAAAUCAGACAUUAGUGCUACGCGUUUAUUUUUAUGUACAUUUUCUUUACUAAAAUAACAACAACAUAAAGAGUUCAAAGUGAAAAGAGGAUUUAAUAACAUGAAGAAAAUAAAUAGAAAGGACUUAGAAUUCGGUAUGACCCCUUUUGGCUACCUUCAAUGGAGGCAAGAAAAUGUCAUCUUUGGUACAAUGAAGUAAACGUGAAAAAUGUUAGAAAUACGAUUUCGUUUGAUUUAAAAAUAAUUAAUUUGUAUGUAACAACAUUAUCUUUUAUUUAAUAUUUGCAACAUCUUAACUUUAUUUACUUUAAUAACCAAUGUCUUAGACUUCUGAACCGCACUAUAAAUGAAAGACUGGAAAUCUUUAAAAGUUGUGCAAAAACGUAAAGUGCUUUUGGCUGAACACCACCUUAAUGACUGAAAAUGUAAUACUUAUUGUAAUACUGAUGUCAAUGAAAUGAAUGAAAACCUUUAUAAUCUCUUCCCUGUUGUUGUUGUAAAUGGUACGAGAUGUAGAUUAGGUCGUGAUGUUUUAAUUGUAUUACUACUUGUUUUGUAUACAAUUGCUUUGCAUAUGAAAUAAACCAGAUGAGCCACUGA